AAGAGAACAUUCACUCACUUUUACCUCCCUGCCCUCUACCAGGCAGGGUGCACCAGGGGUGAAACUCCCCUACGAACCUCUCAACAACACCGCCAUAUCCUGGCCAUGUGAUCUGAGGUGAGCUUUGAAGCAGAAGCUAAAGGUGCAUCUUCCAGUGAGUGGAAAGGGAGGCAGGGGGUGUCCCUGGGUGGCUGAGCAUCAUCACAUCAUGGCAAUACUUGGACAACAUGCCAUGGUCAUGACUCUUCUGAUCCUAUACGUGAGUCAUUACUUGAAUACCUGGCUGAACCCAAUCGAUAUGCCAACAAAGGCUGCAAAGGAUGAGCAUCAGGUGAAAUCCAACAGACCCAUCAUCCCACUCCCCAUACGAGAUGGUUGUCCCCAGGCCUCGAAUUGGUGGAUGCUGCCCCAGCAAACAGAGGAGAUUGCGGAGAGCUACUGGUGGGGACCCGUCUUACAAGUGCUUAGGAUCGACAAGAUCAAGGGGUGGACGACGCAAGAGAAAGGGCUGCUCGCCAGUGUCUGGGACUACGUCAAGAACUUGUUCAGAGGCGAGCAACCAGCAAACGUCCCAAAGCCAGCGGGUAGAAAAAGGACCCGGAUCAAAGCCCCAUCAACGACAAACUGGGGACCCGGGUGUCUUUUGUUUACCAUAGGCCUACUUUUCAUGGGUUUGAUUCGGAAGUUCAGACGAAGCCAGGCAGCCAGUGAAGCCACAGCCUUGGAGAUUCUCAACGAGCAGCUGGAUUCCCAGUGCCAGUACCUGGAGAGGAUGCUGGACUUGCUGCAACAGAUUCAAACACGUGUGUCCCAGAUGGAGGAAUGUGUGAACGCUGACCGCCAGCUCAGACACACGCGGGGCAAGAGAACGCAGAAGAGCGUGCCGAUGACCUUCUCAGACUCAUCGGCAUCCUCUGAUUGAGACUGGCAUUGCAGGCUACACUACGCAGUGGAUUAGUCAGUGACUCUUCUCUUUGUCCUGCGCAGGGCUCUAAUUUAACACCGGUCAACCGGCCAAAUGCUGGUGAAAUUUCUAUUUGACUGGAAGAAAAAUGUCAACUUACUAGCCACUUUGAGCCAUUGGUGAGUGUGAAUUUGGCUAGGAAGAUUAACAUCUACUAACCAUUUGGCUGAUGAUGAAAAAAAAUAAUUUAGGGCCAUGGUCCCAUGACACAACACAACAACUUGGCUUUUGGGGCAGUAAUGUCCAUAAUCUUCUGUCUUUUAGUAGAGUGUCACAUUCCUUUCAUACCCACUAAUUGACAGAAAUUACAGAUAGUGUCCCAAUACCUGGAACCCUGGUGUAAUGAUAACAGCAAUAAACUUUCCUUGGUGGUCAAAAA